AUGUGGAAAGGCUAUUUGAGUAUAUUUGGGGGUUUCCUAACCCAUCUUGUUACAGGUGGUUUCUAUUUUUGGGGCAAUAUUUCCAUGAACGUCAGUUCUUACUAUCGUUUCAAUGGAUAUCCAGAUAUUGAAACAAAGACCGUAUCUGCCGUCUUUCCAGCUAUAUACUUUGGGAUCGCCAUAGGCAGUCAAUUUGGCAUUCAUAUGGCUCGACGUUUUGGUCAUAAGUUGGUUAGUGUAACAAAUAUGUUGUGCUUUUGUGCAUCUAUGUUUGCAGCAACAUAUAGCAACUUCUACUUUUUUGUUUUCUUCUAAGGUUUAUUGCCAGGGGUUUUCAUUGGAAUUGAGUACUUAAUUCCAGUAGACAAUGCCUUGAAAUUUUUUCCUUCAAAAAAAGGCAUGGUUACAGGAUUAAUACUAUGUGGAUUUGGAUUCACACCACUUAUUUUUAAUCCAAUAUUAUAGAGACUAUUAAACCCUGACAACAUUCUCCCUGUAAAUGGCUACUAUCCAGAAGAAGUUGCUGAAAACCUGAUGAAAAGUUUAAGAAUCGUUACCACCAUUUAUCUAGCAAUGGGAUUGAUCGGAGCGUUUUUGAUGCAAUCAAUAAAAUAAAGUGACGAUCAUAAUGACGACACAUAUAAUCAGAAAUUAAUCUAAAAUGACGCAUAAGUUGGCGUAAAUUCAUAAUUUGAUAUUCUAAAGACAAAAGAGUUCUGGUUAAGUACUUUUUAGGUAUUUUGUUUGACUGGUUUUGGAUUCAUCCUAAUCUCUCAUUAUAAGGAGUUUGGUAUUGUUCAUAUCCCAGAUGACUAAUUUUUUUCAUUGGUUGGCAUGAUAGGUGGAUUUACAAAUGGGUUGUCUCGUUUCCUAUGGAGCUAUUUGCUUGACUUUAUCAACUAUAAAUACCUUGUGUUUUUCAACAUCGUAAUGGUAAUGACUUUGGCAGCAACAAUAAACUUGAUUGCUGAUUCAAAAGUUCUAUUUAUGUUAUGGAUUAUACUUACUUACUUACAAUAUGGGGGUUUGUACACAUUGUUCCCUGGAAUAUGCACAAAACAAUUUGGCACAAAAUUUGGUCCUUUGGCAUUCAACAUGGCAUUUAAUAGUAUCCCUUUUUCAAAUCUGACUUAAUUUCUGUUAACACUGUAUUUUCAUGACCAAUUCAUGAAUGGGCAAUUGUUUUACAUUUAUGUUGGAAUCAAUUUUUUAGCUCUUGUUAUUUAAGUCUAUUUGCUAGCAACCGAACGAACCCGUAAAAAGUUAUCUAGCGUAAAUUAUACCGAAUGA